CAUCAUUCCAGGAGGGGAAGGCUUAAUAAACCUCUGUAGACCUCUUGCUCGUUCCAUUCAACUACUUUUUCUUCUCUCUCCUCAAAUUGAGACCAAAAAUGGCUGCCACAGUCACCCGCAGACUGACCUCCAAGCUUCUCAGAUCUUCUCUCUCUUCUUAUUCUGUCUCCUCAACCUUCAUGUGCCUCAAUUCCCAAAAGUCUCACCACCUGAACUCUAAUCCCGGUCCCUCACCCAUCUUCACGCAAUACUCCAAUCCCACUUCCCCAUCACAAAACCCUUCAAACCCUAGUCUCAACACUUCCAAUUCCACCUUUUUCAACCCCCAAUCGUCACCAUACUAUAAACCCUUUGUUUUCAAUCAUAUUUCCAUCAGAUCAGACACUUGUUCGAGUCCCAAACUCAAUAAUCCACCACAUUUUCUUGAGAAAAACCCUCAGAACCCCAGACCCAAUUGGUCCAGAUUCUUAUCAACCUCGAAUUCAUCAUCAGGUUCUGAAAAUGGUGGAAAACCCCAAAAUCCAAAUGAAUACCCUAGUCAAAACCCUGAAUUUAAGCACCAAGACAUUACUGGACCAACUGUGGAGCGCGACGUCUCAGCCCUAGCCAAUGAGACUCGCCAAGUGCUCGAAACAAUGAUGAAGACGGUCUAUAGUCUGAGCCAAGCACUGGCUGUUUUGGGUCUGGUUAACCUUGGCUUGGGAGCUUGGAUUUCAUACACAACUCGGUCAUCGCCGAUCUUGGAGGUGUCGAUUCAGAGCUUCUUGGCAUUUGGGUUUCCGUUCUCGGUGGCAUUCCUGUUGAGGCGGUCUUUGAAACCGAUGAACUUCUUUAGGAAGAUGGAGGAACAAGGUAGGUUGCAGAUUUUGACUCUUACUCUUCAGGUUGUUAAGAAUCUAAAUAUGUUUUUCCUGAGGGUGCGUGGGGUUUCGUAUUUGUGUAUUGCUGGGGCCUCAAUUGGUUUGGUUUUUGUUGCAUUGUCUAGAUGAUGAUCAUGGCAGUUUUCAGCUACAUUGGGAAUGAUAGCAUGUUUUUAUGUUGGAUUUUCAAGAAGUUGUUUGUUUUUGUUUGAGUAUGAAUGUGAAAACAGGUAAGAACUCAGAUUCAAAAAAGUUUGGAAUCGAUCAUAAAAUAUCGUGAUCGAAUCUGAAAUGUGAAGAUCAAUGCCAAAUAAUCUAAUUUUCUCGUAAUCUCAGCAGAUUAAGUUGUAAUCUCACGCUUAUUUUGCAGUAACUCUCCAUCAGUAUAGAAAAGUAG